AUGGAAUAUCUGAUUUGGAAGGCGCUUUUUGUCGCCGCCUUGGCCCUUCUAAUCACCGUGAGCUUCGACCCGGAUAUUACGACAGAUCCCAUGAGAUUCGUCGCCCCCAGGGAUGCGGGUGGCACUGUCACAAAGGUCAAGUCGCUGGAGCGCCUGACGUUUUCCGUUGAAGUCGAAGGGGAGAAACUGCACUGCUGGCUCUUCUUACCCGAAGCGCAAUCGAAGAGCAAGACACCACCUCCCGUAGUCGUUGCUGCCUACGGCUUAGGCGUGCAAAAGGAUAUUGCCUUAAUACCUUUUGCAACAAAUCUGGCUGCGCGAGGUCUCUCCGUGGUGCUGUUUGACUACCGACACUGGGGAGUAUCCGGGGGAUUCCCUCGACACGUAGCGGAUCCUCAGAAAGAAGUUCAAGACGUAAUCUCUAUCUUGGAGCACCUUCAGAAUACAAACGGCCUCGAGAGGAAAGUAGACACAAACCGAAUAGCGCUGUACGGCGCGUCUCUUGGGGGGGGUGUCAUGCUGACUGUCGCCAGUCAGCUAAGUCAGAAGAAGCACCCAAUGGAGCCGAGUGUCAAGGCGGUUGUUGCAGCCGUUCCCUUCGUUAGUGGCAAAGAUACUCAAGCCGCCGCGGUGAAGAGAGCCGACUUUGUAGAAAGGAUUCGGGUUAUCUGGGCCGUCAUGCAGGAUAUGUUCUGGAGCUACUUGAAGAAGGAAAGCGUCGUGUACAUAAGACUCGCGAAGUCAGAAGAGUCAAAGGGUGUUAGCGCCAUGCGCCUCAAUAAAAACGAAUACGACAUUUGGGCAUCCCGCACACCCCUUAUGGGAAAGGCAGUGGAUGGCGCAUGGGAGAAUAGGCUUGCAGCAAGAACGCUUUAUAAUAUUUCAAGGUUCCAGGCUGAUGAUUCCGCUGUCGCUUUCCUUGACAUUCCCACCCUCGUCAUAGCGGGGACAUACGACAACAUUUGCCCGAUCGAGCCGAUCAGACGCAUGGUGCAGCAACAUGCAGGGAAGAAGUCAAGGAAAGAACUCGUGCUUAAGGAGUUUCCCAUACACCAUUUCGAAUUCCUCACUGCAGAGCACUUUCCAGUUCUUGUGGAAACCACCGUUUCCUUCCUCAAAGACCACAUAUGA